GCAUCCAGAAGAGCCCGGAAAAGAGCAGAAGGUGGAGCCAGCUCCAACGUCUUCUCCAUGUUCGAUCAGUCCCAGAUCCAGGAGUUUAAAGAGGCUUUCACCAUCAUGGACCAGAACCGGGAUGGCUUCAUCGACAAGGAGGACCUGAGGGACACCUUUGCUGCCCUGGGCCGCAUCAAUGUAAAGAAUGAGGAGCUGGAGGCCAUGGUGAAAGAGGCCCCAGGGCCCAUCAACUUCACUGUCUUCCUGACCAUGUUUGGGGAGAAGCUGAAGGGUACGGACCCAGAGGAGACCAUUCUCCACGCCUUCAAUGUGUUCGACACUGAAGGGAAAGGUUUCGUCAAGGCUGAUUUCAUCAAAGAGAAGCUCAUGACGCAGGCCGACCGCUUCAGUGAGGAGGAGAUCAAGCAGAUGUUUGCUGCUUUCCCGCCAGAUGUGUGUGGCAAUCUGGACUAUAGGAACCUGUGUUACGUCAUCACUCAUGGCGAAGAGAAGGACUAA